AUUGUGACAGUUGUGUGGCAACUGACAGUCCAGUGGAAAAUAUCGCGUGGGUCAGGUGUAUGUCAUCGUUCAGAUCGAAAAAUCGCCGUUUAAUCGAAAAUGUCAUCGCCUGCACAAGUGAUACACGUUUUCCAGGCGAAUAUUGACAGGGUUGAUAUUCAGUUGCAUAGGGGAUGCGUUAUUGGUUUGGCCCAGUUGUUUCACCCCGGGAAUGUGCAUGUUCGCUCUGGCUCAGAUCAUGUACAUCAGCGCGUUCGUCAUAUACGCUUUAAUGCCUGGUCUGAAUGGGAUUCUGGUGAUUGGAGUUCCGGUUUACACGGUGUUACUAACCACCAUGGCGUGGAGGGCAAUCUCCAGAGUACAGUUUUACAAAGUACAAAAGAGAAAAAUCCUACAGAAAGGAAAAGAAAGAAAGAAAAAAAGAUCACGUUUUAUUUACGCACAGAGUUAUGGACGUGGACUAAAUUAUGCAGCUGCAUCGGCAGUAUAUGUUUCCUCAUAUCUGACACGCUGCUCGGAUUUCACUAUUUUCAUACCCCACUACCGUAUUCUCAGGUUUCAAUAAUGCUAACGUAUUAUGCGGCUCAAUUGGGGAUAGCUCUGAGUGCGGUUGGUUCUAAAAAUAGUAACAAUAACAAUAACAAUAUUAGCAACGAUAAAGACGACAGGGCCUUGAUCAAAGAUUAAAAAAGGAGUUUCAUCUUCUGGUUGUAGGCGAUGGUUAAUACUUACGAGUUAUAUUAUAUACUGCUCGAAAUAAGAUAGCCUUAGGAUAUCAUUAUUGAAAUUCAGUUUCUCAGAUAUAGGUGAUACAAUGGCUAGCUAUUUUGAGCAGUAUAUCUACGACUAGAGACCUACGCAUAGAUUGGCGUUUUAGCGUAAUCGUUGUUUUGAAAUAGGUACAAUGCACCUCGUUAAAGGAUUUAUGGGUAAAAUCGUAAAUCUGACAGUCCUGAACACUGCCACUUUCCUAAGGCAAGAAUUUCUACCUGACUAUCCGAUGAUUCAUUGUAGUCGAUAUUUAUUGCAUUUAACAAUUGUCUGUCGAGUCGUUUCAUUCAUUCCUUUUCUUUUCGUCGACGUGAGAGAGGAGACACACACAUACACACACACAC